GUGUGUGUUUUUUGCGUUUGCAUUAUCGUCGAGCCAAGCUUUAUUUUGAAGGUCCGGCCGGACAUCCGUGUUUACUUUAGCUCCUGGCUCGCUGUUGGUCGAAGCUGCAACUCAACCUGUUUGUUCAUCGCUCUGUGUGGCUUAUUAACACCCGACUCAUAUCUCAGAGUGAUUUUACUCGCCGUCGCCAGGAGGAGACAGGUCACAUAUGGCGUUUUUGACAGCAAAUACAGCAACAUAACGAGUAUGUCGCCAGCUCGAUUCUCGCCCGGGAAUUAAAAUAGUAUCUUGUGGAGUGGAGUAGCUUGUUAGCUAGUAGCAACAUCGCGUACAGUUUUACACACAGCCGUUUUUGUUCUCCCUGGGCUUGGACAGCCUCUGCAUGACGAAUUGUCGUCAGCCAGGGCGUUAGGACAGCGGGGUUUUUGUUGGAUAACGUGUCGAGAAGAGCUCCCACAGUUGUCCACUCCGGCCCCGGGGCUAACCCCCCUCCCCGGUCAUCGAGCAAAUUAAUGGCCGGAAAUCCGAGGAGGGGCGCCGGUCUCAUCGGUCUGAUGAAGGACGCCUUUCAGCCUCACCAGCAGCCUCUUCAGCCUCACCAACCCGCGGUGGUCGAUAAGAAAAUGGUGGAGAAAUGCUGGAAACUCAUGGAUAAGGUGGUGCGUUUGUGCCAGAAUCCCAAGGUGGCGUUGAAGAACAGCCCGCCCUACAUUUUGGAUCUGCUGCCGGACACGUACCAGCAUCUGCGCACCAUCCUGUCCAGAUACGAGGGGAAAAUUGAGAUCUUAGGAGAAAAUGAGUACUUUCGUGUGUUCAUCGAUAACUUGACCAACAAAACCAAGCAGACCAUGAGUCUGUUUAAAGAAGCAAAGGAGAGGAUGUACGAGGAGAACUCACAGCCCAGGCGGAACCUCACAAAGCUGUCUCUGAUCUUCAGUCACAUGCUCGCAGAGCUAAAAGCCAUCUUCCCCAAUGGGCUAUUUCAGGGGGACAACUUCAGGAUUACAAAAGCUGAUGCAGCUGAAUUUUGGAGAAGGUCAUUUGGAGACAAAACCAUUGUGCCAUGGCGAACAUUUCGUCAAGCGCUCCACGAGUUUCACCCCAUAAGUUCUGGCCUGGAAGCCAUGGCCCUCAAAUCCACCAUCGACCUGACCUGCAACGACUACAUCUCUGUCUUUGAGUUUGACAUCUUCACCAGGCUCUUUCAGCCAUGGUCGUCUCUCUUGCGGAACUGGAACAGCCUGGCAGUCACACACCCUGGUUACAUGGCAUUUCUGACCUACGAUGAGGUCAAGGCUCGACUGCAGAGAUUCAUCCACAAACCUGGCAGCUACAUUUUCAGGCUGAGCUGCACUCGGCUGGGCCAAUGGGCGAUCGGCUACGUGACGGCAGACGGGAACAUCCUGCAGACGAUCCCCCACAACAAACCCCUCUUCCAGGCCCUUAUUGAUGGUUAUAGAGAGGGAUUCUAUCUCUUCCCUGAUGGCCGUGCACAAAACCCAGACCUCACCGGCUUGUGUGAACCGUCUCCUCAGGACCACAUCAAAGUUACUCAGGAGCAGUAUGAGCUGUACUGUGAGAUGGGCUCCACCUUCCAGCUGUGUAAGAUCUGUGCGGAGAACGACAAGGAUGUGAAGAUCGAGCCCUGCAGGCACCUGAUGUGCACUUCCUGUCUGACGGCCUGGCAGGAGUCGGAGGGUCAGGGCUGCCCGUUUUGCCGCUGUGAGAUUAAAGGCACCGAACCCAUCGUAGUGGACCCCUUCCACCCAAAAGCCAGUGGGGCUUCUUUUGCCGGUUUUCAGGCUUCCAGCAGGGCAGAGGCUGCCGCUAACGAGGAGGAAGAGGACGAUCGACUGGAGGAUCAGCAUCUAGUCAUAGGGAGGCUGGCCUGCCGCAAGGUUGAACGCCCAGCAUCUCCAGUGUCUCAGCUGCCUCCGGUCCCUCCACGUCUUGACCUCCUGCAGCAAAGAUCCUCCUGCUCUCACGCCGCUUCGGGUCAGGGAGCUGCAGCUAAGAUUGCGGCCACACACAGAGACAAGCCUCUACCUCCUCCUCCAGCCCUGAGGGAGCUGCCACCUCCUCCUCCUCCUGAGCGGCCCUCCCUGGCCAGCCAGGACUCCAGACUCCAGAGGAGACCUCUGCCCUCCACCCCUGAUCAGCCAGCCUGGGCCGCCAACUACAUGGUCCCACGUCCCGCAACAAAAGCCACGCCAGGCCCGCCCCCCACCCCCCAGAGCAACGGAGAAGCCGCCAAACCACACGCGGCGACCAACCCCGUGUACUGCCUGUCUGCCAGGUCCCUGCCAGCAUCAGGGGCGUCCAGCGGGGAAAAGCCAUCAUCCGACUCAGACGAGAACGAGUACAUGAGUCCCACCUCCCUCCCCGUCUCGGGUACUUCUUGGGUCUUGACGGGUUCCUUGGUGCCCCCACCGCCAAGCCAAGCAAACAACCACAAUGACGCAAGUGAAAUGGGCGACAGCGACUCCGAAGACCCCCAAGUGUACGAAUCCAUGUGUAUCAUCCACAGUCAGGCCGUGGAGACAACUCAAGCCUCUGAUUUGGAACACCCUCCGCUUUCUGCAGUGGCCUUCCAGGACAAAAAGGAGGACACCGCUGUGGAGGAUGUUUACGAGUACGACUGUCCCCGACCGUUCGUCCUUCCCGCCCCCACCCGCAGAAUGCUAUCAGAGAUCAACAAAACCUCCGCAGCCUUCAGUGUUCUCAGCUUGGACUGUUCGGUAGAAGCCCAUUUGUUCGCGGCAGGUGGAGAACCUGAACGCCCCCCUAAACCCCUCCCACGUCGGGCCAACUCCGACCGACGGCCUCGACCGUUUCCUUCUCCGCCACCUGACAUCCCCGCUGCCUCCUCGUCGUCAGCCUCGCCCCUUCCUCCGCCUCCCGCAGGCCCCGCAGGCCCGGCCCUGAACGGAGAGAUCGAAUGCCUGAUGUCUCAGGGCUACUCGAUCCAGGACAUCCAGAAAGCGCUGAUGAUCGCCCACAACAACCUCGAGACGGCCAAGAACAUCCUGCGAGAGUUCGUGUCCGUCCCCACGGCUCAGUUUGCCACAUAGUCCUGCUCCGGGCCUGCUGGUCCUCUCGUCUGUCUCCACUCUGCUCCAUGUUCGUGGACAGCUUUUACCAAGCACUUUCCUGCAGGGCCACAAGGGUUUACUCCGAGGUAACGUUUGUCAUAUCUCCUGACAAACCUCCAAAGUUCCGUGUAAUCAGAGUUGAUUCUUUGUUUUCCUCAGAAUUUUUGGUGUGAAACUGAUAUUUUUUUUAAGCCAGCGCCAACUGACAUUUGGAGAUGAAACGUUUGGGCCCAGCCAGCGGGAGCAAAGGGAUUUUGGUUUCUUUCGGUUCAUCUCAUUAAGCUCUUUGUGAGCCGAUUACUGCCUACAGGAGAGUGGAAGCCUUUGAAACGAGCCGCCUCCAACGCCGAGCUGCUCUCUUGUUACAUGUUGAAGUUACACGGACUGCUCAGCAGGGGGAGCCGUCCCUUGCUGCUGUCCAGUUCAGCGCUUUAUGGGCUAAUUUGCAAAUCGUGGCGUACAGAUUGGUGUCGUCAGAAGUCAGUGAAAAGUGUGGUGUUUUCGCGCUCUCGCUUGUGGAAUGUGGGGAUUGCAGUUCGUUGUCGGUAGUUACUGCAACUCGCUCUGAUGUCUGCUCCAAACAUGAGAACGGCCUCGCGCUUUCAUGGAGUCCUAACCUGUUGUGUUGUGUGUAAAAGAAAAAACAAAACAAAAAAAAACUGUAAAUCACUGAAUUAGAGUUUUUAUGUGACGCCAUCACUUACAGUCAGGAGUUGGUUUGAUUUAGACUUAAGAGUUGCUACUCACUAAACAAACGUCAAAACUAUUUUAGGGUUAAAGAAAUGCUAAAUUUCCCAGACAGUAAGACUUUCAAUACCCACUCCGAUCAUCCACGUUUCCAAAAUCCAAAAAUCGGUCGUUUUCUAAGACAUAAUUUCUGCAGAGCAGCAGUAGAAUAUGAGAAAUUCACCUCUUAACUGGGGGCGGGACACUUGGCGUGGAAAAAGCCCCUUCCCACACACACACGUGCUUUCCUGCUAGCUUAUAGCCCCUCACACAAAAAUGCAGCGAGAACAUGUUAAAACCUCCAAAAAACACAGUUUUCAUCGGAGUGGGUCUUUAAGCUGCUCGUUCUACAAACUUUCUAUCAUCUUUUGCUUAUUUUUUAGAAGACUGUUCCGUUUGUUGCAAACAUCUGCAUGUCAGGGCUUCCCUUAUUAGUUAUUGAAGGUAUCAAUUGGAGACAAGGGGCUAUAGAAGUUCAUGUUUUAAGGAUAGAAGUCUUCAUAUGGGGCCUGAAAUCUUGUGGUGUGUGACUAAUCUGGUUUCAGUUCCUCCCCCUGCUUCAGAAUGAAAAUGACUCGGUUUUGAACGCCUCUUGGGAAAGUUUUUAUAGCUACAGCCUGUUGAGCCAUCAGGAGCUUUUGACAUUUUUAUUAAACCCGCCCUCACUAUCGGUUGUUAUCUCUCGGUAGAAAACAUUUCUGCUUUACUUGGAAAAAAGACCUUCUACACAAGCACACAGCAAAGGUGCUGCUGAAAGCUUCUGGUUGAGCUUCUUCACAUCUGCAGUAGUUGCAGCAUCAUCAUCUUUAAGCGCUUAGUUUUCCAGCUGCAGAUGUUUAUCCAUCAGACCUGGGAAAAGCGCUCCCUCCUAAAUUAACACGCAUGCGUCCCUUUAUUUGAACUUCCCGUUGCACAUUCCACUCCUGAAAUGUGAUCUCAGCAGGCCGCCGCUGGACUCGGAGCCGAGGCCGAGCCUGAAGCUGAAGUUUUAGUCAGAAGCAUCACAGUGAGGAGACCGAGCAGCCAGAUGUUUUCCUUCUCCUCUCAAAGGGGUCAGGAAAGAAAGAUGAGCUUUGUCCAGAUACAAGAACGCGGAAUAAAUGGAGUGCAGCAUGCUUAGUAAAGUGCAUGGAUCCCUUUUGGCUGAACUCAGGGAAGAGAGCGCCACCACCUGAGUGCCUGAAGGUCUUGACACAUCAAGCACAGGAAAAAUGAGACUUGUGGACUCAGGAGCUCCAUAAUCAACCAGGUUUUAAAGUCAAACAACGAUAGAACAGUCUUCGUACGUUUCCUGACAGCCUCGCAUCCUCUCAACCAAUCAAAAAUCAUUUACUCCCCUAAGCUCAGUCCCUAAAUGUCACACGGAAUAAUUCUAAAACUACGAUCAUCCACUUUCCUCCCUCAUUGUAGCAGAUGAGACUGAAUCACCGUGACAACCAUUUAAAAACAUGUCAGGAAACUGAAGGACUGGUGAGGAAAGGCAAGCCAUCGGUCUAUAAAUUGAUCGGUGUCCCUUCCUGUGAAUGUGUUUUUGUUUGAGACUGGCAAGCAAAGCUGAGAUCAAGGACCGUCACUCAGCUCUCCACUGGUUCAACCGAAUAUCUGGUUUAUUUUUAGGGUUUUAGAACUUAAGGGAAACUGAAGAGUCUAGAAAAGUUCAGAGAGAACCCCACACAGAAAGAUCCUGCUCCACCGCCACACCUGAUGUUUCUGAAGCAGGUUUUGGUGGCUGCCCUCUUCUGGUAAAGAGGGAAACUGCAGUUUGAAGCUAUUCAACUGUGGGUUUAAAAAUUGGAAACGUCACUUUAGUUAUAUGGUUUUAGGUGAACCAUGCAUUCUUUAAAUAAUUAAAGUGGCCUGCUGAUCAUUACAGCAUUAUGAAUUCAAGAAUUAUUCUCGAUUGGGUUAGUUCUCAGCCAAAAUAACAAAUAAAUAAAAAGGUUUUUGUCUUAAGUUGCUCAUGAAACUUGCCUUUACAUAAGCUUCAUAUAUAGGUCAUAUUUGCACAAGCAUUCGUGUUUUGACACAACUGGAUGUCUGGAAACCACAUGCAUGACAGAUGUUUUUAUUUUGUUUUCUAAAUAUAGAGUGAUUGGGUAAAAAACCUUUUCAAAGUAAAAUUUCAACCGCUCAGUUGUAAAUGUUGCAGUAAUGUUUCCUGUAAAUGUGCCUCCUGUCAUUUGCAAAAUGCAUGAGGAGUUGAAGCUUAACUCUUUAUUGGACUGGUUGAUAUAAAAAAAAAUAGAUGGUAAUUUUUCUUAGUAAAUUUUUGCCUUUUAAAAAUCCUUUAAAUUGUAUUCAACACAGCAGAAAUUAAAAGUUAGCUUUGGUGCCCUCCGCUGGUCAAACUUUGUAAAUGACAUUACUGCCCUUCCCACUUUAUUGUUGAACUGAUCACAGGAACACAGAUGAAGAAUGUCUCGCUAUUCCCCUCAGAUUGAUUUCUACAUUUGCAGGGGUUGAGUCCUGAACCGUGAACGCGUUGAGGACGCGCUCACGCUGAAUUACUGCAGUUUUUCCUCUGACCCGCUUGGUAAUCUCAGCUCCCGCUUCAGAUCCACUGACUAAUCAAAUGUGAUGGUUAAUCAUGUAAUAACUGGCCUUUUUUGACAGGAUUUUUGCCUACUAAAAAGUUGUUGCUUUAUCAUUAUUGUAGAUAUUUUUAUUUAUUGUCUUUUUAAUAUCCUAUGUAUUCAUUAUGCUGCCAUGUUUAAUGCCUAAGCCAUUAAGAAUUUUAAUUAAACUGUAUUUUCUUUA